AUGAAAAAAAUGCUUGAGUUCUACACUAACAUUAACUCGGGAUUGAUGCCUGAGAGCAUGCAGCCGCCGCUGUCGUGCGCAGGAAGGACAGAUAUAUCAUCUACAGAGCUCAGUGCCAGUAUCAAGAGGGAGAAGAUUGUGGAGAUAUGCGAGGGAUGUGGUCAGAAGAUUCAGGACCGCUACUUGAUGCGAGUAGGCGAUUUAUCUUGGCACGAACACUGCCUGAGUUGCUGUGUCUGCGGCUGUCCCCUUGCUCAUACAUGUUACACUAGAAAUGCGAAACUAUAUUGCAAACCAGAUUAUGACAGAUUAUUCGGCGUCAAAUGUACUCGCUGUGGAGACAGAUUACUACCCCAGGAGAUGGUCAUGCGAGCUCAGCAAUAUGUCUUUCACAUUCAAUGCUUUGUAUGUGUCAUGUGCUGCCAACCUCUGCAAAAAGGUGAACAAUAUGUCAUCAGGGCUGGACAGAUAUUUUGUAGACAAGAUUUUGAGAAAGAAAUGUAUCUGAUGCAACACGCGGAAGAUGAUAUGAUAAUAGAUGAUUCGGAGCGGCCUCGUGACGGAAGGAGAGGACCAAAACGCCCCAGAACCAUACUAACAUCAGCUCAGCGACGGCAAUUCAAAGCUUCUUUUGAAGUGAGCCCGAAACCAUGCCGUAAAGUAAGAGAAGCUUUAGCUAAAGACACGGGAUUGAGUGUGAGAGUGGUCCAGGUGUGGUUCCAGAAUCAGAGAGCUAAAAUGAAAAAGAUUCAACGCAAAGCGAAACAAGAAGGUGAUAAAAAUAAUGACAAGGACAAAGACAAAGAUGAAAAGAGUAUAAAACAAGAGUCACCAUCCAGUGAACACGGGAAUUACCUUGGCUUGGACAACUCUUAUUCAGCUUCUAGUCAACCACUUAAUCCGAAUUUGCCAUAUUCUCCUGAUGAUUAUCCAGCUCACUCGGGAGACAGCUUCUGCAGUUCGGAUAUUUCUCUUGAUGGGAGUAAUUUCGAUCAACUUGAUGAAGGUACUUCUGAUACCAUGAGCCUACAGAACUUGGAGGUGCCCCACCUUCCCCAUCAUGGGAACCAUUCGUCACACGAGCCUCUGAAUCUUGGCACAGGGGCUGUCGUCAACCCAAUCGAUAAGUUAUAUCUAAUGCAAAAUUCAUAUUUUAGUACAGAUCAUUGA